AUGGGAAAGGGAUCCGACCGUUAUGGGAAAGGGGUCCAACCGAAAGGAAUCCAGCCAUUAUGGGAAAGGGAUCCAACCGUUGGCGAGAAAGGUCCCGAUAAGCGAUGGGCGGUGCUCACCUCCAAGCGUGGACGCACCUUUUAUCACAAUACAGAGACGGGAGAAGAUCGAUGGGAUAAACCCGUAGACCUGGAGGCUGAUGUGGCCGAAGAUGCUUUCGUUCCGUUUAAGAACGACGCAGUGAAGAAGGCAGUAUUGCGUGAACAAAUGAAGUUGGAGGCUACGAAGAUGGGCGUGCCGGUGGAAGUGGUGGCUGCUACGCAACAUCGAUUACAGCAUGAGGACAAGGCUGGUGACCCCUUUGCAAACAUGAUGGUACGUGAGGAUAAAACCGGGAAGAAGAGCACUCCUAUUCGAGCUGAUAAUCCCGACCAACGGCGUAACUUCGGACCUGCUCAGUUAUACAUAACUGAGUAG